UCAAGUUUUAAAAGCUGGAAUCUUUGAUGGUUUGAACAAAUUACGCGAUAUUGACUUAUCCAGAAAUAGAAUUCAUACAAUACAGAUGGGAGUCUUUCAUAAUGGAUUAAAGAAAAUAAAAAAAGUCUCCUUGCAUCACAACAAUUUGAGUGAGUUUGACCUAGUUUGGCCCCUGGGCAUGACACAUAUUUUCUGUUUAUUUGAUGCAAGUUACAACAAAAUUACAAACCUUACCAACAAAUCUAACUUCACAAUGGAUCCGAGCAAAAGGUAUGGACCCGGUGUAAUAUAUUUGCACAACAACAACCUGAGGAUUUUGGACACACAAAUGUUAGAUGCAAUAGGAAAUCCCUUAAAAUCAUUGGUGGGCAAUUUCUUGUAUUGGGAAAUUACCUGGAAAGGUAAUCCAUGGCAUUGUGAUUGCCGAAUACAUCUAGUAGCAGCUUUGCUUUCGGUUUCGGCUAUAAGAACAUGGAUGGGUGCCCUUGAUGGUGCAUCUACUGAUUUUAACUGCAACACUCCGCCCAAUUUAAAGGGUCAGCCCGGUUUUCUACAUCAAAAUUUAUCUGAUUUUGUGUGCAACAUCACCGAUUCCUGUCCUUCCGGAUGUUUAUGUCAUGAUCAACCAGAAGCUGAUAGAAUGGUCAUUAAUUGUCAGAAUGCUGGACUCACAGAAAUGCCAAAACGUUUACCAUUCCAUGAGAAUUUAUUUCUGAACUUUCAGAACAAUUCCAUUGGCAUUUUACCAGAACUUCCUUAUUUGGGCAGAAUUGUUCACCUGGACAUUUCAGAUAACAAUUUAACAAAUAUUUCAUCAGCGUUUCUUGGUUCUGCUGAUAAAUUGAAGUAUGUGAAUCUUGCAAACAACAGGCUGAAAUAUCUUCCAAAAACUAUUCAGAACUUACUAUCAACAGAGAUUGAUCUUUCUAAUAACAUGUUAAUUUCUUCUUGUGAUAGUUUGUGGUUAAAUGAUUGGUUUGAAUCAAAACCUAACAUUAAAAACAGAUGUAAUAUAACUUGUUCUACAGUUAAUGGCGAUCAGAGAAUAACUAUUGAUAAUUUACAACCAGAUGAAUUUAACUGUCGAGUUCCUAACUCUUUAACUAUAAGUAUUGUGUUGGGUAUAUUUGGUUUUCUGGCCAUUCUAUUACUUAUUGGCAUUAUUUACUUCCGGUUCGAAAUAAUGGCGUCAUAUCAUAUUUACAUUUUACCCAAGAUGAAACGGAAAUGGACGCAGGAAAUUCACGAGAACGAGCCGAAACAACAUGAUAUAUUUGUUCUGGUAAAUGAUGAACAUGCUCCAGGUAGAUUGUGGGUUAUACACAAUCUUAUUGUUUUGUGA